UGCGAUAGAAAUGUGAAGAUCAUUAGGUGUGUCCUUCAGGCGAUCCGGACUCCCAUAUCUACAGAUACAACAAGGACGGCUUUCCUCGGAGAAGGCGGCCACUGUUUAAGUACAACGUUGAUAACUGUUGACUUUGUGCUUUUUCCCUCACUUUAGGUUUCGAUUCUGUCCUCAUCUCUAGUUUCAGAUCCGAUGAGGAAACCGAUUAUUCUUCAGCGUUCUGCAGUCGGCCGUUUGGAUGAUAGUUCCACGAGCAUUGAUUCUCCUAUGCCGACCAAUACUUCUCGUGAAGGCUCAAGACGCAAACCUGUUGUACCAGCGAAGCUCUGUUCAGAUGGAGGCAGGUUCGACAAUCCCGAAUAUCAAAAGGAAAAAUACGGUUCAAAAUUCCACGGCACUAUUUUCACAAGGGUAAGCAAAUUUAUACAGAAAACCUCAAUUGUCCACGUCAACAAGUGCACAAGUCUGUCACUGACCGCCACAAUACAGUGUCAAUGUCCGCACACUAAACAGCGGCGAGCAGAAUGUUGGCUCAGUAGUGCGAAUUGUGGUCGUCCCUUCCGACGACAGUCUCGUGAUGUUCUAGCUCACUCAUUUGUACCUCGAUUACUCAGUUCUAGUCCUCCUGGUGUUUCCGAAAGCUCCGGCGCAGGCGCUUCAUAUACGGACAAGUUACCUCUCCGUAAGCGGAAAAUUCCACCUCUGGUUCUCAGGGAAAAACAAAUCCCGGUGCCGUGCAAUUCAGAAACUUCGUUGCUCAAUGAUGGACGGACGAGCGUCGGGGAUCUUACAGUCUUUCCGACUGAGAGGCCCGAGGAGCCCGGAGCAACACUUCCAUGUUCCGUAGUUCGAAAUCGGGUCCCGCGAAAUGAACCUGGUCAAGAGCCAAGUUCAGACAAUACAAAAGAAGAACGCUUACAGCAUUCAGCUGCAGAGAACCAGGUGAUUGUCAUGGUUGACGAGGAUUUUAAAACGCUCCGCCAUCGUGAAGCAUGUGCUCGAAUGUAUGACCGACUCAUACAUGGGUUGGUUGAAAUCCCCCCGGAAGCUAUAAGAGGAUCAUCUACUCUAGAAACCGGUAAUCGAACUAGAGCUCAUGCAAUCUGCACCCAAGUCUUCUCCCGUAGAGAUGACUGGCUCAACGAACCAGGUCUGCGUCUGAUGGAUUUCUUCCAUUUGAUGAAGGAUGAUGUUCGACUGUUGUGUUGGUUGGCUCGACGUCGGCUUAUCGCUAAUCGGCUGCAGUGUAAUAAGGGUGGUUGUGUCGACCAACUCUACCUUGUCCGGGAUACGGGUUCACCGGAUGGAUGGACAUGGCGAUGUGAUAGUUGUCAGAACAAACGGUCCAUUCGCCAUCGUAGCAUUUUCACCCAUUGUGAUAUGAGUAUUCGAACUGCUACACAAAUUUUAUAUCUCUGGAGUGUAGGACAUCCGUCCAAUCUCAUACCCUGCGAUACGGACACCUCGAUACAGGAUACCAAUGAUUGGCUUUACUGCAUUCGUGAAGUUUGCCGUGAGACCAAUUCCGAAUUGAAGGAGCGUAUUGGAGGAGUACAGCAGGACGGUGAUGCUUCCAACUACUAUCGAGUGGUUGAAGUUGACGAAUGCAUGUUUACUUGUUGGCUGGAAGAUCCACUAGUCGGACCGACGGUGAAGGAAAUUUGGCUUAUUGGUGGUGUGGAGCGUGGCACGGAACGCACCUUCCUUGCCCGUUGUCCGCAUAAUAACCGUGAUGCUUUCAGUUUGGUCCCAGUCAUAAGAGAAUACGUUAAGCCUGGUACAGCUGUUAUUACAGAUGAUUGGGAAGGAUAUAGUCCACUCAGCCAACUUCCCGAGGGCUAUUUACACUAUGUAACUGAUCGAACUAGAGGGGCGCGUGAAUCCGAGCAAGGUGCUGUUCAUAUUCAAACGGUUAUUGGCCACUGGUCUCAUUGGAAGAGACACUUUGAAAGCUUGAAUGGCACGAAAGUGGAAGAGUUCGAGACUCGGUUGGACGAGUAUUUGUGGCGAAUGCGUCACUCCAAAGCAAUAUUGCAAUCAUUCUGUUACUCUGUUACAUUACUUUUUGAAAGAUUGACGUCUAUCAACUGCUUUGUCGUGCUCCGGAUUAAUGGAUGCACAAAACAUUCGUUGACUAUUUUCAGCCCACCCGAUCCCAUACCAUCAACAAACGCCUACUUCUACCCAUAA